AUUUGCAAUAUUAUUUUUGUUUUGUUUGUGUUUUAGACUGAUAAGCGAUAAAAACGGUUGCGGCGACGUUUCGCUCAUCCAGUUUUUCACAAUCUUGCGUGGGAUUGUUACAUAAGCCGCACCUUGUGCCAAGCAGGUCACAGUCGCGUCGACGCGAGACUUUACCCACUCUAUUUUUCAUAAACAAAACUACAAACGUCAUCAAAAAAGCGUAAACAAUCACAGUGAACUAUUAUUAAGCGUUAACCCGGGUCAGAUUACGUUCCAAUUACGCUCCCAACGAGUGGCGAAGGCUCGUUCCGUAAAUAAAAUAUGCAAUCAAGCGCACUACUCGUGAGGGCUACGGUCCGCGCACUGUCGAAAACAACAGUGCCCGUCCUCAUCAUCAGUGGCCGCGCAAGCUGCUCCGUGAUCGGUCGUGGUGAUUGCGGUGGCAUGAACUGGUCGGCGAAAUUGCAACGCUUGCUGCAGCAUUUCGACAUCACACGAAUUAGUUUCUACCAUGAAAAUUGCAUGCCGUUCUUCAUCGGAGACCAGCAAGUCGGCCUAAUCCGGCCAAAUGACUGGAUGCAUCUCUCACAAUACAAGGAGGCCUUCCACUACGACAUCAAGACCAACAGAGUCGUCCUCAACCCUAGCUGGAAGACCUACGACGAGCGGAGCGCGAAAAUGGAAUCCCUCAUGCAAGAGGUCCGCCGCAAGAAGAUAUUUAAAACCUUGCACGGCUGGAGGAACGAGUGCUAUGAAGUGAGUGCCAGGUUUGGUGACAAGCCCCUCAUGAAGCUGGAAAGAUCGGCCACAUGUCUAUUUGGCAUCAAGCGGUGCGGCGUGCACAUAAACGGUUACGUCAAGAGGCCAGACGGGUCGCUUAGUGUCUGGCUCCAGCGCCGUUCCGCAACGAAGGAAACAUUCCCAAGCAAAAUAGACAACAUGGUGACGGGGGGCGUUUGCGUCGGCUACGGCAUAACAGAGUGCAUCCGCAAAGAGGCGCAGGAAGAGGCCUCACUGCCCGAGAACCUCCUGAACUGCAUCCGGCCAGCGGGAAACGUCUCAUUUGUGUACGAGGACGAACGGGGCAUUUUUCCGGAGACAGUCUUCGUGUUCGACCUCGAACUGCCCGCAGAAUUCCAGCCCCUAUGUUCGGACGAUGAAGUCGACGAGUUCUACCUCAUGACAGUCCCCGAGCUUAAAAAUGCAGUUGUGUCGGAGGAGUUCAAGAUCACCAGUUGUCCCACCGUUUUGGAUUUCUUAGUGAGGCACCACUUCCUGUCUCCCGAUGAAGAACCCAACUACUGUCAGCUCAUGGACACAGUGCACAUGCCACUGCACAACUUUUACCCCUCUGCGAUCGUUCCUACAGGAGACGGGCCUCAUUUCUACAACAACUCGUCUUCGAUAUAAUUUAUUGCUCCUAACUUAAACCCCCCUCCGGUGUACAUAAAAGAUGCAAUUCGUUCUGCUUUUUUUUUCCCCACUUAUCCUUUUUCUGGUUACAGGAUCUCGUGGAGCUAUUCGAAAGCUCCGUGUACCACGCUCGUUUACACAUUUGCGGGCCGCGUCUUUGGGGUGUCUUGGAAAUUACGGUGAAAGUAGGCAUUUACUUACUAACUAGUGCAUUUGGGGAAUGUUGGAUCUCAACACUUGUCAUCUCAGGGUGUGUGUGUGCACAACCUUUUCUUUUUUUCGUAGCACGGUUUCCUUUUUAUACGGAGUGCUAGCACAGCACAGGAUUCCCUAGCCAACUCCAGUGUGAAAGGGUGUGACUGCAGCUCACGAAAAGUGUGCAUGUGUGUGUAUUUGUAGACAAUUCAGUAUUGCUGAUAGCAUCUUGAGAAGCACUCUGGACGAAGCUUGACACAUCUACCAUUUUCGAGGUUGUGAGAAAGCUGACGGGUUUGCGAGGAUCGCAGAGUGCGUUUUGGUUGAAUCAUGGCAAGUGAGUUCAAAACAUCGAAGGGAGCGUUACUUUGGGGAUCGACGGAUCAGCUCGUGUAGCUCUCUUUGCAAAAUUGCUUGCUCAAAUUUUCCCUUGUUACAUGGGACAGCCUGCUUUUUUUAGCUGAGAUGUAGAAAUGCUGUGUUGAGACAAGGGGAAAAUAAUGAGCCUCUCUGAGCUUUCUGCACUGUCUGUGAAGUGGGCAACAGGAACAAGCAUCCUCCACUUGUGUGGAUGUUGAAAACUGAUGCACUUUGUUUUUGUAUUUUGAUUCAUUACUGCAUUUAUCAGGAGCGAGCAUGCCUGAACCCAUGGCUGUUCCUAUGCCUCGAGUUUUCAGCAAAGCACUUGAAAGGUUGCUGCCGAUUGUAAUCUCAGUAACCCAUGGUGCAUUGUGCUGAACAUCUGCAUGUUUAUGCAUACUCAAGCACAUAUGGCAUUACUUUUCCAGCUAACCUUCCUAACCCGGUGCUAAUUUAUAGGUACAUUUUAACAGUUGACAAUAUUCCCACCUAGCACACAUUAAUGCUGCCGGUGUGCAAAAUUUGAGCAACUGUUCCGCAUGUGUGCUUGUCUUGGCACAUCCAAAGUAAAGUAAAGUUGCAAAAUUGUGGCAUAUAUAAGGUUUGUGGAGCUGGGCUAAAUAUACUUAGCUUUCACACUCAAGAUACAGUGCUUAAUUAGAAUAAGGAGCUUGUUACAGAAAUUGCUCAGAAUGACCACUGUCAUAAUAAAGCAGUGUUUUCUAGUAACUCGUUCAUAUUAAAGCAUGAUUCGCAGGGCAUUAUCUUGCUUGCAAAUGUAGAGGGAUACUUGUGAUAACCCCACUGUAAACAUCUCCAAGACAAGAAAUAAAAAGUGUCCAAAGAAA